AUUGUGUAUCUAUGAUCCAACUUCAAAAAUAAACAGUGAAGUGGACACGUAAACUUUGAAUGAUAAAAAUUAACCAUGAAUGAAUGAAUGAAUCUUUUAUUGCUGAAUUACAGAUUACACUGAAAGUAUCUGUAUCUAUCAAUACACUUAUAGAUCAGCUGUAGCAUGGCUGGAUUUUUCAUGAAUUAUAUGUUUCCAAUUUUAGUACAAUUGAAAACAUUGGGAAUAUUAUGUUCGAUAUUCGUGACAAUUAUAUUAUUCGCACUUAUUGGGGUGUUAUAUUAUUGUAAAAUUAAGUUUCAUGAGAAAAGACGUAAUAAUACCAAAAAUUUAAAAGUUGGCCUUUUUCACCCUUACUGUAAUGCUGGUGGAGGAGGAGAAAGAGUUUUGUGGGUGGCUGUGGAAGCAUUACAAAAAAGAUAUCACACAGCUGAAUUCUACAUCUACACUGGGGAUAUUGAUGUGUCAGCUGAGGAGAUCUUGCUUAAAGUCAAGAAUGUGAUGAAUAUUGAUAUACAGAAAAAUAUCAAAUUUAUAUAUUUAACUAAAAGAUCUUGGAUUGAAGCAUCCAAAUAUCCAUGUUUCACAUUAUUGGGCCAAGCAGUGGGUUCUAUGUAUUUAGGUUUUGAGGCUCUACAACGAUUCACCCCAGAUAUUAUGAUAGACACUAUUGGACUGACUUUCGCAAUGUUUAUAUUCAAAUACAUAGGAGGUUGUCGCACUGGCAGUUACAUUCAUUACCCAAUUAUCACCAAAGAAAUGACCAAAAGAGUGUCGAAUAGAGAAAUUAUGUAUAACAAUUCGGGACGUAUAGCCAGAAGUCCUUUCCUCACUUUCGGAAAAAUCAUCUAUUACAAAUAUUUUGCAUUGAUGUAUUCUUACGCAGGAAAAUUCUCCGAUAUCACCUUAGUCAACUCUACCUUCACUUUGGAGCAUCUUUCGGUACUGUGGAAUAGUCCGCUGCAUUUGGUUUACCCCCCUUGUGAUGUCGACUAUUUCAAGAAGAUAAAGAGGAGCGCUGAAAGACCCGAAAAGAUAAAGAUACUGUCGUUGGCCCAAUUCAGACCAGAAAAAAACCACGCGCUACAGCUACAGGCGUUGUACGAACUCAGGGAAAUAAUUCCGGAAGGUGUUUUCGAGAGAAUUUGCCUGGUUCUGAUUGGUAGCUGUCGCAAUGCUAAUGACGAAGUGCUAGUCAAGGACCUGAAAGACUUGAGUAAACACCUCAGUCUGGAUAAUAACGUACAGUUCAAGGUGAAUGUAAGUUUCGAGGAACUGAACAAGGAAUUGGAAGAGGCGUUUAUUGGCAUCCAUACUAUGCAAGAUGAGCAUUUUGGUAUCAGCGUCGUCGAACAGAUGGCGUCGGGGUUGAUAGUUGUCGCGCACAGAUCGGGUGGCCCUGUCCUUGAUAUCAUUGAAACUUCCGAAGGAUCGAGACUAGGAUUCCUAGCAGUAUGCCCUCAGGACUAUGCACAUUCCAUUAAAUAUAUCUUGAAAGCAGAUGAGGAUGAGAUCAAUGCUAUUCGUGAGAGAGCGAGGUCUUCUGUUGAUAGAUUCAGUACUGAAAAGUUCAGAAAUGAGUUUCUGAGAGCAAUUGGUCCUAUAUUCAGAUUUUAAUAAAACCCAUUUUAAUGUAAAAUAAUUGGAGAAAUGUCUGAUUUAAAGUUUAAUUUGCCGCUAUCUAAGUUUUAAUGUCAUGUAUGUACAUCAUUUUGCAUGGUCCAUAUUUUAUUUGUGAUAUUGGUUAGUGAAAUUACUUUAUUAACUAAGAGUAAUUUUAUUAUUUCGAAAUGAGGAGAAUCUGUAGUUCCCAACUCCCAAAUUAAGUGUCAAUUUAGUUGAAUCUGAAAAUAUCUACUGAUGGUAAUAAAAAUAAUGUAAUCA